GAGUGGAGAGCUUCUAUUCCGUCUAGAUUCCUGAAAAUGUAUUGAAGCACCCCAAGCAGUGGUAGACAUGUGCACGUUGUAGAGUGCCACCUUUUUCAUGCCCCACAUGACGCUCUCUGACCCUACUGAUUCACCACAAAUGCUGUUGGGUGAACGUCAAAACGCCAAUCUCCUACCGCAGCACCCCUUCCAAUCAUCAUGUUGCACCCACCGCAAGCACCCCAGCGACACCCCGAUAUCCCUACACCACACCACGCCUUCGAGCUCCAGCCCAUCUCCAGCAUCAGCGCUUCCACAGCCCCCCGCACCUACGCCCUCAUCUCCAAACCGGUGCGCGCGCUCAGCACGCCCCACCUCAACCUCUCCGCGCUCCGCUACAUAUGGACGACCGACCUCUGCCUCCUCGCGACCGGCGAGCAGGCGAGCUGGCAGUACGUCCUCGACACGCCCGCCCAAGACGCCGACCGGCAGGUCUUCACCAUCGCGAUCAACAGCUUCACCGCGGACGGCCGGAGCCUCCUCGCGUUCCUGUGGCACCGCAAGAGCGACCAUCGCACCGGCACGCCGUACGCGCUGGCGCCGCACCCGGCGACGGACGCCGGGUGGGAGUCGCUGCUCGUGCUCGGGCCACUGCCCGCGGAGUUGGACGGGUGGGUUGCGGCGAAUGUGGAGGAGUCGGGGGUUGGAGAGAGCUGGUAUGGGAAUAUGGUGAAUGGGUUCAGGAUUUCUUUGAUGCUCGGGAGGGUGACGACGAUUCAGCCGGAAACGCUAGUAGCGGAGCGGAGCUUUCCUGGCGAGCACCAGCAACUGUUGAGGCCGGAGGAUAUCCGAGGGCUUGGAUGCGUUUCCGAUGAGAAGAAGGCGAAGUAUGAGAGGGCGGUUGCUCGGCUGUGGAAGGCGAUGCAGGAGAGCGCGGUCGACUCGCCUGAGUAUGCGAAAGCUCGUAAGAGGCUUGGGGAGUGGAGCUGGAAGCUGAUGGAGGUAGAGCGCAUUGAGGGGCUGCAGAGAGCUGCCGCGGAAGCGAAGGCUGCGGAAGAUUGAAAGAUGGCACGCAACGGCGAGAGAUUUUGGACGAGCUUCGACGGCAAUCGCGCUAGGCCCGAGCGAAUAGGAAGUUGCGAAGGUGAGGCUUCUCUUCUGUGUGGUGAGAAUCAUAGCUACAAUAGCUUCCUAGGAGGUGUCUUCAUCACAACUCCUUUCCAUGCAGAGAAAUGCUUCGCGGAAUUGCCGCUCUGGGGAGCCGAGCUUGGAUUGUGACAUACGUACUCCUUCAACCUUCCCCUUCGUGCCUCUUCCAUCACCCCUCAUGCAUCUUCCUCCACCCUUGGAACCGUGUGCUUAGCAACGUCACCAAACUGCACCAUCAUUGACAACGCAGAGCCCAAACUU